AUGAAUAGUCACGUGAAAACGAAUGGAACUCGACGGGCGGCCAGAAAAUAUGUGUAUGGGUUUACGGUAUGCGGCUGACUGUGGUCCGAGUAUUACGGUAGACACGUUCAGGAGGACAGUCCGUGGAGCAAAACGCCGCAUUUGCUGAAUCCGUUCGAGCCGAGACAAAGAACUUGGCAGGAGCACGUGCACUACGUCACAAUUGUCAAUGAGAUUUGUGAAAGUCAGUCGGCGUUUGCCCACAUUCUCGAAAAACCUGUUCACUUUUCCAGUCGGUCUCACGGAUCCGGGCCUCCAUCAGUUCAUUUCGUCGCAAAAGUAUGACAUUGGAGUGGCGACGGAAUAUGAGUAUUGUGGAUUCGCGCUGAUGAAACACUACAAUAUCGCGUCGAUCGUCUCCGCCAGCUCACUACCGUUGCUCGAUCAGCAGAGCAUUUCGGCCGGCAUUCCGAAUUCGGCGGCUGUGACCCAAGGUACUGUAGGUUACUGUACGAUGUUCGUAGAGCCCGCUGCUUUUUCAGCAAUCUUCGAAACCGAGGAUCUCACGACGCUCUGGGGUCGGCUCAAAAAUCUCGUCAACUGGGCGCACAUCAACUUUGUGAUCUACCCGUACUGCCAGAAACUUCAAGGCGACCUGAUCCGCAAACAUUUGGGCGAUCAUUUGGAGCCGGCGGAGCUCGCCCAUUCGCUAGAUCUCGCGUUUGUCAACUCGAACGAGCUGAUCGACAUUCCGCGAGCGGUCAGCCACAAAAUAAAGUACAUUGGAGGAAUCAACUUGCGGAAGUCUUCCCGAAAAUUGGACGCGGAAACUGAACGCGCCGUCUCCGCGACGCCCUCUUCCGGCAUCGUCGUCUUCUGUUUUGGCACUCAGGUACGCGUCGCUCGCUAAAUUAGUUUUUAAUUUCUGUGCUUCACGGCUAGACAUGAUAAGGGAAUGUUUGUUCAGUGUCAGUGAUGACUAGUUCCUGGUUGGAAUCGAGAUGUGCGGUGAACAAUGAUCACCUAAAAUUUCCGAAUGAUAGUAUGUGAGAUUGACAGAAAGGUCGGGGAUUAGGAGUAGGAGUCGGAGCAACGUACAAUCUGAUCACGAGUGUUUCACAAAAAAAAAUGAUGAUGUCUAUGGAAUUUUUAUGACAUCAACAACCUGAAAAUGUUCUCAUGGAUUUCACAUUUCGCACAGUCUGCAGAGCUGACAAUGGCCGCCCAAUAGAGCGAUGCAUUGGCGCGAAAUUCAAAUUUUAACAGCAAAAUUUGUGUUUUUUGCCAGAUUAGCCACGAAAAACCGAUAAUUUCUCAUUAGUCUCUCGAUAGACCGAUUUUAUAGGCUGUUACGAAUUUUUUAAGCGCAAGAGCGUUAAAUUUGGUCAAGUCGCAAAUCACAUUUAUCCGUUUGAAUGUUUUUGGCUAAAACUGCGUCAAUUUCAGUUGCUUUUCGGUAAUUUUCGCGGUUCGAGCGCUCAAAAUGCUUGUAUUUACGUGAUUUAUCAUUCUCAAAACCAAUUCUGUCUAAAAACGGUCAAGAAAGCGCAAAAUGAGAAGUGCGGUUUUUGGCGGCGAAGGCGAAAAAGCAAAGUCCGCGAAAAAUGCGCGAAAACGUCAUUAAUUCUGAGAAUUAGUGUGUUUUCAUGUCCAACAAUCAUUUUUCAUCGCCGUUGACCACAAAAAUCAGAGAAAACGUGCUCAAUUCAUGAAAACGCCAUGAAAAGAGCUCUGGAGACCCGAAUAAGCCCUAUCCACAGCUUUUCAGGUGCCCUCGUCAGUAUUCCCGAUCGAGGUGCGCAGAGCGUUUGCCAGCGCAUUCCGCCACUUUCCCCAGUACACUUUUGUGUGGAAGUACGAGCCUCAAGAGGGCGAUCGUCAAAUUUUCGCCAACACUACCAACGUGCACUUUUUGAAGUGGUUGCCUCAAACCGAUCUUCUCAGUGAGUCGUCUGCGAUAAAAUACAGCGCUCCCACUCGCAACUCUUCUUUUUUUCAGACGACCCGCGUACUCGUGCGUUCAUCUCGCACGUCGGCCUCAAUUCGUACGUCGAGGCGUCGUACGCGGGAGUUCCCAUUCUCGCCGUCCCGCUUUUCGCCGAUCAACCGCAGAAUGCGUUGGCCGGACACUCACUCGGCACCACUUUUGUGCUCGACAAAACCAAAAUUACGACUCAGACGGUCGUCAGGGGACUGGAGGCGGUCCUUCACGAUUCAAGGUUGGGUUUUAGUACUAAAUAGUUUCAAAAAAUGAUUUUCUUGACAUUUCGUGUUUGCAAAUUACGUUUUUCAGAGUGAAAAAUCUGAAAAAAACGCCUCACUUUUCAGCUACAAUUUGAACGCGAAACGAAUCUCAAAAAUGCUGCAAGAACGUCCGAAUUCACCGAAGAAGCUGUUCGUCGAGUGGCUCGAAUUCGCCGCCCGCAAUCCACUUUUGCAUCGGAAUCUCAACUUGGCGGGCCAGAAAUUGGACGUUUUCCGCUAUUAUUGCAUCGAUGUCAUCGCCAUUUGCCUCUUCUCCAUUCUCCUUUCACUUUUUGCACUUUUCCGCGGAGUUGUGCUCAUUUCGAGACGGGUUUCCACGCGAAAAGUGGAACUGAAGAUGAAGAUUCAAUAA